AUGGCUAUUACCGUCUUGGCCGAGGUGGCACAGUCUUUGAAUAAGACUUUGUCCGAGGACGAGAGCUUUUGGAGUUCUUUGCGGGCUUUGGCCUGAAACCACCAGAAAAAAAAAUUUUGCAAAAAAUGGCACAUGUAGCAAGUGCCAAUUUUUUUGGACCCCCGCCCCCAGACCAAAAGUUCCCGCUCGGCCCUGGAUAUUGCACUAGUGUAGGCGUAGCCCAAAACUAACCCUUAGUCCUGACCCUUGCCUAGCUUAGCUUUGGUCUUAGUCUUUGUUCAUUUACUAGCCUUACCUUGUCAAGCCCCAGCCCUAGCCCUAGCCCUAGCCCUAGCCCUAGCCCUAGCCCUAGCCCUAGCCCUAGCCCUAGCCCUAGCCCUAGCCCUAGCCCUAGCCCUAGCCCUAGCCCUAGCCCUAGCCCUAGCCCUAGCCCUAGCCCUAGCCCUAGCCCUAGCCCUAGCCCUAGCCCUAGCCCUAGCCCUAGCCCUAGCCCUAGCCCCAGCCCUAGCCCCAGCCCUAGCCCUAGUCCCAGCCCUAGCCCUAGCCCUAGCCCUAGCCCUAGCCCUAGUCCUAGCCCUAGCCUUAGCAAUAGCCCUAACCCUAGCCCUAGCCCAUUGA